AUAUAUAAACCUACUGAGACCCUUCUCACCUUAUCUCCCUACCACUUCACUUUAAAAAAAAAUAAAACAGAGAAUCAAACAAGAAAUAAAUCUUGAAUUUUUCCAAUUUUGUACAAAAAACAUGCAAGUAAUUAGCAAAGUUGAGCAACCAAUUUCACCUAAAAACGAUCUGAUGGAAAAUAUCAGCAAUCAUUUGGAAAGAGGUCAAGAAUCUGCUCAUCAGAUUAGAAGCUUCAUUAAUGAACGGCUAGGAUUGAAAGCUGAAGAUCGUGAUGCUCUUGAUCGUCAUUCUUUGAUGACUUUGAACUCUUUUCAAACUGUUCUUUCUAUGCUCAAAGCCUCUGGUUUUGAUCAGGAUGAAAACUUCAUGAUCAACAAUAAUAAGCGUAAGGUUGAUGUUCUUGAAUGUCUUGAUCAGUGUAAGUCUGAGGAAAUUAGUGGAGGAUCAUGUCUUUCUAAGGAAAAGAGAGGAUGCUAUAAGAGAAGGAAGAGUGGCCAAUCCUGGACUACGGAGGUUACCAAUCUAACCGAUGAUGGACAUGCUUGGAGGAAAUAUGGGCAGAAAGGAAUUCUCAAUACUGAUUACCCAAGGAAUUACUAUAGGUGCACACACAAGCAUGAUCAAGGUUGCCAAGCAACCAAACAUGUCCAACAAAUAUCAGAAAAUCCAAUAAAAUACAAGCUGAUAUACCAAGGUGAACACACAUGCAAAAACCUCCACAAAACCCCAUCAAUUAUAUUGGAUGAGUCCCCUGAAGAAAACUCCUCAUUUUACCUAAGUUUUCAGACAAACAAUUUCCCACUAGCCAAACGUGCCCUUAACCCUUCCUUGUUCCCUACAUCAGCUUUCAAUGCUACUACCAGUUCUUCUAUGAUUAAACAAGAGUACACUCCCAUCAAGGUCGAUUCGCCGCCGCCGGUAUACAACCAGUAUUCAUCAUCCUCUGAUAAUUGUCCACCAUCAUCCUCAGAUAUAACAAGCAUAGGGUUACCAUCAACCCCUGUUUCAGAGCAGGGUGAUGUCAUCUCUUCAGCUGAGAUUUACUCCUCUACGCCAAGCCCCUACGAAAGGGAUGAUGAUUUGUUCAGCUUAUUGUUACCUUCGGAUCAUCAAUAUGCUAGUCUUGAUGAUUUCUGGGAAACUUUGUGAACCAUCAUUCAAACUUUUACCACUAGAUUUUGUGUGGACAUAUGUAAAUUAACAUUAACCCACAUUUUUCAUAUAUUUAGCUAGGAUUAAUUACUUUUACCUAGCUACAUAAAUUUUUUUUUCCCUUUUUUUUUCACCAUGUAUAUGAUCUAAGAAUUAAGGAGUGGAGAAAAAUAAGGAGUGUUUGGCACUGAAUUGCAUGUGCUAGUACUCCUAGUAGCUAGUGUAAGCUAGAUAAAUUUUUGUUUACAUGUUGGUACGUUGCAUCAAUAGUACGUGUAAAAUUAAUUAAAUUUGUGAUCAUUUCUCUAAA